AUGUACUCCCAGCGCCCAUUGUCUUAUGCGCCCACUCCCUAUAGCUACACACCAAAUACUGCUCGAUCGGCCUCAAUCAACCUCGAUGAAGAAGUCAAGCUAGCAUCUAGUUCUGCAGAACGCGACUUAUACGAAUCGUUGGCUGAGAUCUAUAGCAUCGUCGUCACCCUCGACGGACUCGAGAAGGCAUACAUCAAAGAUGUGGUUACUGAGGCAGAAUAUACCGAAACAUGCACCCGGCUGCUGAAGCAAUACAAGUCCAACCUGGGAGAUGAGGCAGUUUCCCGAGAGUUUGUGGACUUGGAGACAUUCAAGCAUACAUGGGGUCUGGAAUGCCCUCGAGCCACAGAGCGCCUACGUGUUGGCCUUCCUGCGACAGUAGAACAGGCUUCUCACGGUGUCUCGGCUCCUAGCAUGGCAGCAACCACAGGACCGGCCGGCGCAUCAGGCAGUCUCAUCUUGGCGGCAACCGAGAACUUCAUUACGUUCCUCGAUGCUUUAAAGCUGAAUAUGGUAUCCAAGGACGCCUUGCAUCCUCUCUUAUCUGAGGUGAUCCAAUCUGUGAACAAGGUCACAGAUAGCGAUUUUGAGGACCGCGGGAAGAUCAUUCAGUGGUUGAUCGCCCUGAAUCAGAUGCGAGCUACUGAAGAACUGAGUGACGACCAAGCACGAGAACUUGCCUUUGAUAUUGAACAGGCCUAUCAAGGUUUCAAGGCGACUUUGAAUUAA